AUGGUCGCCAGCAUCAAAUUCUGCCUACUUGGUCUUCUCGGAGCCGUUGCGGCAAGCACCAUCCCUGGCGCGUCUGAGAUCAAGCCGACAGUCGCCUCGGCCCUGGAGCGGAGGUCUGCUUCGUGUACCUUCACCGGUUCGAAAGGUGCUGCAUCUGCCAUCAAGUCCAAGAAGUCCUGCUCCACAAUUACCUUGAAGGAUGUCGCUGUUCCUGCCGGAACGACUCUUGACUUGACGGGCUUGAAGGAUGGAACGACCGUCAUCUUCGAAGGUGAAACUACCUUCGGGUACAAAGAAUGGACCGGCCCUCUCGUCUCCGUCUCCGGAACCGAUAUCACCGUUAAGGGCGCAUCGGGCGCUAUCCUGAACGGCGAUGGGUCCCGCUGGUGGGAUGGCAAGGGAACGAACGGCGGCAAGAAGAAGCCCAAGUUUUUCUACGCCCACAAGAUGAUCAACUCGAAGAUCCAGAACCUCUAUGUCAAGAACUCGCCAGUCCAAGUAUUCAGCAUCAACAAUGCCAAGGAGCUCACCCUGGACCAUGUCACCGUGAACAACGCCGAUGGCGAUAGCAAGGGUGGACAUAACACCGAUGCGUUCGAUGUUGGAUCCAGCACGGGGGUUUACAUUACCAACCCCAGUGUCCACAACCAGGACGAUUGCUUGGCUGUGAACUCGGGAAAGAAUAUCCAUUUCACUGGAGCUACGUGCACGGGAGGCCACGGAAUCUCAAUCGGCUCUGUUGGCGGGCGCUCCGAUAACACCGUCGACACAGUGAACAUCGAAAACUGUAGCAUCACCAACUCGCAGAACGGAGUUCGUGUCAAGACGGUCUACGGUGCAACCGGCUCUGUGAAGGGCGUGACCUACAAGGAUAUUACCCUGUCCGGGAUCUCUAAGUACGGCAUUGUUGUUCAGCAAGACUACAAAAACGGCAGCCCGACUGGCAACCCUACCAACGGUGUUCCAAUUACUGGACUUACCUUGAGCAAUGUCAAGGGAACUGUGGACAGUAGCGCCACGAAUGUCUAUGUUUUGUGUGCCUCUGGUGCCUGCUCUGGAUGGAAGUGGAGUGGAGUUAGUGUGAAGGGUGGGAAGACCAGCAGCAAGUGCAAGAAUGUGCCCAGUAGUGCAAAAUGCUGA